GGCCCCAGCUGCUGCCUCCUUGCAGACUUCUGCAUGUUCCUUGGUCUCCUAGCAACAGGCAGAAACUUUCUGACUCUGGUGUUGGCCGGGACCAGUGCCAGCCCCUGGAGAAUGGCCGGGCCUCGCUAGCCCGGGCCCUCUGAGGGUGCGGGGCCCGCGGACAAGCGGACCGGUGGAAACGGCCUUCGCGGCCCCGGGACUCGGACCAGGAUGAGUUUCUCCGUCACCUACGCGGAGCUCCUGAAACGGGCCAUCGGCACGCCGGAGUCGGGAGCCGUGAACUUCAACGCCUUGUACUUGCUUCUGCAGAGCAUCCUCGACCACCUGCACCUGGGGGAGUUGAGGCGGGAGCUGUCGGGGGACGAGAGGGAACACCUGGAGCCGGCCGAGUCGGGGCCGGGCGCUGCCCGAGACGGGCCGGCCCAGCCGUCCGCCUUCCUCCUGGAUCUGGUGCAGGAGCGGCUGGCCAGGAUGGAGGGCAGACUGGCCCACUUGGAUGACCCCCCCAGCUCCGGCCAGCUGCUGGAGGCUAGUCACGGCUCUGGCAAGCCAGUCCAGGAGAUGUGGAAGAUGAUGCAGCUCAAGAAGAAGGUGGAAGGGAAUGAAGAAGGCAUGACCAAGGCCAUGAAUACUCUCCAAGACCUGCUCAGCAACAUCUGCUUCCUCCAAACGUCUGUGGACACCUUCCUGAAAGAGCUACAGAACCUCAAGGAAAAGUUUGGCAAGCUCAACCUGGAACUGGUGAGCAAUCGCGUCAAAGAGCUGGAGCUGCAGAGAGAGCAGAUUCAGAAGCUGCAGGAGGACAUGGACAAGGUCCAGGUGAAGCUGGAUACCUUUCCCGAGCACAGCGAUGUGGUGCAGUGGACUUCUCUUCAUGAUGCCAUGGAGGAGCGGGUACCAGAGACUGUUCCACAAAAACCCGUGAGCGUGGAGGAGAAGCAGCUGAGUGCUAAGCAGUCGCUGAACAGCCUGGCUCAGCUGCCCAGCCAGCACGACCUCCUGAGGGAACAGCUGGUCUACCUUGAGGGCCAGCUGAAGGACCAGGCCAUCCAACUGGCCCAGCUUGGGAUCUCGGACCAGGUAGAGGAACAGCUGAGUAAACUGCGGAACCGGCUCUCUGACCUCGAAAAGGCCGAGCUAAAGGACAAGGAAUUUGGGAAAAAGCUGGGAAACAAAGUGCAGAAGCUGAAGGAACAGUGUGUCUUGCUGGGGAAGGCCUCCGAGAAACUGCAGCAGAGCAUGGAGGAGAUCCAGGGCCUCCGCUCACUGGUGGAACAGCUGGAGUUGAACAAGGUGGACAAGGCCCUGAUGCUGCAGGAGAUGAAAGAGAAAGCAGACAAGAGCGCUCUGGCUUGCAAGGCCAACCGGGCGGACCUGGUGAGCGCCUCGGCCCAGCUGAGCGAGAUGAUGCAGGAGCUGCUGCAGAAGAUGACCUUCCAGGAGGAGGACUGGCAGAAGGUGUUGGAGAAACUGUUCAGUGACAUGGAUUUCAAGCUGGACCGCAUGGAGCUGGACCCGCUGAAGAAAGAGCUGGAGCUCGUCUGGAAAUUCAUUAAAAAGCACCUGAGUGAAGGCCCACGCUUCGACGCAGACAGCGCUGCUGGCUUCAAGAAGCAGCUCUUUGAGCGGGUGAAGUGCAUCUCCUGUAACCGGCCCGUGGAAAUGAUGACCGGCCCUCAUCUGAUCACGGUGCGGAAAGCCAGCCUUACCCCGCGCCCCCGGCCUGCCAGUGCCAACGGCUACGAAUAUCUGUUCCAGGGGCAGCAAAUGAGGGAACCCCCGCCGCCCCCGACACCGGUGCUGGAAAUGGGGAGCUGCCCCGAGGGCAGUGAGCGGCCCACCCAGGACUCCCCAAACGCUCAGCAGACCUGGAGCUGCACCCACGGCAGCAGUCUCAAGCGAGCGACGGCGAAGGGACAGAGCCUUUCCACCCUCUACCCCUAUGGGGACCCCUCGGUGCUGGACUAUGACCACGCGGAAGUGGACAUCCUGGGAGUGGAUGGCAUCUUGUACAAGGGCCGGAUGAGCGCUCGCAACAGUGUGCGGUCUGCUUCUCUGGAGAAGGAUCUGCCAGGCAUGAAGAUUCCACACCGCCCAUCCCGAAAUGGAAGCGAGCGGAUGCGCUCUGCCACCUCCUUCAACGCUUCUGUGCGCUCCAGGACCAGCUCUGGAAUUCAGCAGCAGUUUCCCCCAUCUCAGCAGCCAUCGUCCACCCCGGAACCGAUGAGUGCCAGCACCCACGUCAUCCCCAGCCCUCAGCCAUUCGAAGAGGCAGCCAGCACAUGAGCCGACAGCAAGAAACUUGCCGAGGCCUUGCACCGUUCCAGCUCACCAAGCCUCAUUUCCUGGCUCUGUGGCAUGGGGAUCCUGCAGAUCUGUGUUUUGG